UUAUCUUCACGCCAACGUUUGUAACGCCAAUUUAAAUCUCUACCUGUUUGAAGUAUAAAGCAGCUAGAGAGAUAAACAGAGACCGAGCGCGCGCGCGCGAGCGAGCGAGAGAGCGAGAGAGAGGACCUUGUUUGCCAUGGAAGGAUUGAAGCUGGUGGACUCUCUGCAUGGAAACCAGAGUGGGAAACCUCUGAUUCGACUCUCCAGUUCAAUCUUAGCUUCCAGAGCUAGCUUUCUUAAACCAGCAAAAUGCAGUCUUUCCUUCACAACUGGUUGCAGGGAAUUCGUGGGUGUUAGAGGAAGAGUGCCUACUCAAGUUUUUCCAAGUGGAUGGCUCUACAAAAAUUCUAAUUCGAGAGGAUCAUGGGAAAAGGAGUUCAUAAUAAGAAAUGCAUCAGCACCAACACAGCCUAUCAGCAAAGAACUAGUAAAAGAUAAGUCUAAAGAGUCCCUAGUGAGUGGGAAUUCCAUACGCCGUCGGUUUCUUGAAUUCUACGCUUCUCGAGGCCACAAGGUCCUUCCAAGUGCUUCACUUGUUCCAGAAGAUCCCACUGUUUUACUUACAAUUGCAGGAAUGCUACAGUUCAAGCCUAUAUUUCUUGGAAAGGAACCUAGACAAGUAGCUUGUGCUACAACUGCUCAAAGGUGCAUACGGACAAAUGAUGUGGAAAACGUGGGCCAAACAUCUAGACAUCAUACAUUUUUUGAGAUGCUCGGGAACUUCAGUUUUGGUGAUUACUUCAAGAGGGAAGCAAUUAUUUGGGCAUGGGAGCUUACAACCAAGGAAUUUGAAUUGCCACCAGAGAGAUUGUGGGUUAGUGUUUUCAAAGAUGAUGAUGAAGCUUUCUCUAUAUGGCAUAAUGAGGUAGGAGUUCCUGUGGAGCGUAUAAAGCGUAUGGGUGAAGAUGACAAUUUCUGGACUAGUGGUGUUACUGGUCCCUGUGGUCCUUGCUCUGAGAUUUAUUAUGAUUUCCUUCCUGAGAGAGGAUAUUCUGAUGUAGAUUUGGGAGAUGACAGUAGGUUUAUAGAGUUCUACAAUCUCGUCUUCAUGCAGUAUAACAAAAAGGAAGAUGGGUCCCUUGAGCCCUUAAAGCAGAAGAAUAUAGAUACUGGGCUUGGCCUUGAACGCAUGGCUCGCAUCCUGCAGAAGGUUCCAAAUAAUUAUGAGACAGACUUGAUUUAUCCCAUUAUAGAGAAGGCUGAAGAGUUGGCACUGGUCUCAUAUGCUGAAGCUGAUGAUCGUGUAAAGACCUAUCUUAAAGUAAUUGGAGAUCAUAUGCGUGCGGUUGUUUUUCUCAUAUCGGAUGGGGUUGUUCCUUCAAAUAUUGGGAGAGGUUAUGUAGUUCGGCGGCUCAUCAGAAGGGUUGUUCGAACAGGCAGGUUACUAGGUAUAAACGGUGAUGGAAAGGGGAAUCCAGAAGGAGCUUUUCUACCAGAGCUUGCAGAUAAAGUAAUAGAAUUAAGCACUGAAAUAGACCCAGAUAUUAAAACCAGAGCACCCCGUAUUCUUGAGGAGUUGAAAAGGGAAGAACUGCGGUUUGUGCAGACACUAGAGAGAGGAGAGAAGUUACUUGAGCAGUUACUAACUAGUGCAUUACUAAGUGCUUCUGAGAAUGGAAGCAAACCUUGUCUGUCUGGAAAAGAUGCCUUUCUUUUGUAUGACACGUUUGGUUUUCCAGUAGAAAUAACUACAGAAGUUGCUGAGGAACGAGGUGUCUGUAUAGAUAUGAAUGCUUUUGAUAUUGAAAUGGAGAAUCAACGGCGUCAAUCUCAGGCUGCUCAUAGUGUUGUUAAACUUGCAGUUGAAAAUGCAUCAGAGCUUACCGAGAGCAUUCCAGACACUGAAUUUUUAGGAUAUGACACCCUUUCUGCCAAAGCAACAGUUAAGGGCCUAUUGGUGAGUGGGAACUCAGUAACACAGGUUUCUGAGGGAAGUGAUGUAGAAAUUUUGCUGAAUAGGACACCAUUUUAUGCUGAAUCAGGUGGUCAAAUAGGAGAUCAUGGUUUUUUAUAUGUUUCUGAAGCUGAAAAAGAAUGCAAAGCUAUUGUGGAGGUCAAAGAUGUCCAAAAAUCUCUUGGAAACAUAUUUGUUCACAAGGGUACUAUUAAAGAGGGAGCUAUAGAAGUUGGAAAUGAAGUGGAAGCGAUGGUUGAUGCAAAACUGCGACAGAGAGCUAAGGUUCAUCAUACUGCUACACAUUUGUUACAAGCUGCACUUAAACAAGUAAUAGGCCAUGAAACAUCACAAGCUGGUUCAUUGGUGGCUUUUGAUCGACUCCGGUUUGAUUUCAACUUCCACCGACCACUACCAGAUCAUGAAAUAAUAGAAGUUGAAGGGUUGAUUAAUAAAUGGAUUGGUGAUGCAACAAAUCUUCAAACUAAAGUGAUGCCUCUUAAUGAUGCCAAAGAAGCUGGAGCUAUUGCAAUGUUUGGUGAAAAAUAUGGAGAACAGGUACGUGUUGUAGAGGUCCCCGGUGUAUCAAUGGAACUUUGUGGUGGGACCCAUGUCAGUAAUACUUCAGAAAUACGUGGAUUCAAAAUAGUUUCAGAGCAAGGAAUUGCAUCAGGGAUAAGGCGUAUUGAAGCUGUAGCUGGUGAUGCUUUCAUUGAUUAUAUCAAUGUCCGAGAUAACUACAUGAAACAUCUGUGUUCCACUCUCAAAGUAAAAGCUGAAAAGGUAACAGACAGAGUUGAAAACCUUUUGGAGGAGUUACGGAUGGCGAGGAACGAAGUGUCAGCUGUACGUGCAAAGGCAGCAGUAUUCAAAGCAGCAACUAUUGCUGGCAAGGCACUCGCACUUGGAACUUCUAAAAGGAUCAAGGUUCUUGUCGAGAAUAUGGAUGAUGUUGAUACUGAUUCCCUAAGGGGUGCUGCUGAGCAUCUAAUGGAUACACUACAAGAUCCAGUAGCUGUGGUUUUGGGCUCUUGCCCGGGUGAAGGGAGAGUGAGCUUGAUUGCUGCAUUUAGUCCAGGGGUUGUUGGUCUGGGAAUACAUGCUGGAAAAUUUAUAGGGCCCAUAGCGAAGUUGUGUGGUGGUGGAGGGGGUGGAAAGCCUAAUUUUGCCCAAGCAGGCGGAAGAGAGCCUGAGAAUUUGUCAAUGGCCCUUGAGAAAGCCCGAACAGAGCUUGUUGCUGCUUUAUCUGAGAAAGCAGGGUGAUAUACAGUCUUAUUUUGUGACAUCUUAGUUUGCGACUUGAGCCUACUGAAUAAGGUAAAGUACUGAAAAGGAUCAGUUGUGGCUUCUAGGAGCGUUAAAAGCAUAUCAUAGCAACAGCUAGAGAAAGCAAAUUUCUUUUCCUGUCAUACACACAGAAGAUGGAUGAAGUUUAUAUAAGAUCAUUCUUUGUCAUUAAAACAGUAGGUGAAAAUAGUGAAGUUGUAAAGAGCAUGUUACCAUGUUUAAUUUUACUCCAACCAGCUUUGCUAUGCAGUUUGUAAAAAUUGUACUCCUGCUUGCAAAAUGGCUGGGAGGGUUACUUAUAUUUUGCUCUGUUCUCAGCUUCUCACUUCUCUAUAAUCUUUAUCAUA